GUGCAAAACUAAUGAAAAAUGAUCAACUAGAGCUACUGCUAAAAACCCUACCUGCAUGGACACAUGUUCUUCGACUGUGAUAAAGAUCCUCAGUUAAUGCAGUGGCAUGGUCAAUGUCGGGCGAGUAUGUGGGUUUUCAAGAAGGCAAGUCCAAAUGGAAAAUUAACUGUGUAUCUUGGCAAGAGGGACUUUGUUGACCAUGUGGACAUUGUAGAGCCCGUUGACGGUGUGGUUUUAAUUGAUCCAGAGUACUUAAAGGAGAGAAAAGUUUUUGUAACGCUGACAUGCGCUUUCCGCUAUGGGCGUGAGGACUUGGAUGUUCUUGGAUUGACAUUUCGAAAGGACCUGUUUGUGGCCAAUAUACAGGCAUUCCCUCCUGUGCCUGAGGAGAAGAAAAGUCUGACACGUCUACAAGAGCGGCUGAUAAAAAAGCUUGGAGAACAUGCUUAUCCCUUCACUUUUGAGAUACCUCCCAAUUUACCCUGUUCUGUCACAUUGCAACCUGGACCAGAAGACACAGGAAAGGCCUGUGGGGUUGACUUUGAAGUAAAAGCAUUCUGUGCUGAAAAUGUUGAGGAGAAAAUUCACAAAAGGAACUCUGUGCGCCUCAUCAUCAGGAAAGUGCAGUAUGCUCCAGAGAAGCCAGGCCCCCAACCUAUGGCAGAGACAACAAGACAGUUCCUCAUGUCAGACAAACCCUUACAUCUUGAGGCCUCCCUUGACAAAGAGAUUUACUAUCAUGGUGAACCAAUAAGUGUCAAUGUUCAUGUCACAAACAACACAAACAAGACGGUGAAGAAAAUGAAGAUUUCAGUGCGCCAGUAUGCUGAUAUUUGUCUCUUCAACACGGCUCAGUACAAGUGCCCAGUAGCAACAGAGGAAUCAGAUGAUAUUGUGGCUCCAAGUGCAACAUUCUGUAAAGUUUAUACCCUCACCCCCUUUCUUGCCAACAAUCGAGAGAAGCGUGGCUUAGCUCUAGAUGGAAAGCUCAAACAUGAAGACACAAAUUUAGCGUCAAGUACAUUAUUACGAGAAGGAGCCAACAAGGAAAUUCUGGGUAUCAUUGUGUCUUAUAAAGUAAAAGUGAAACUGGUGGUUUCUCGUGGUGGGCUCCUCGGAGAUCUUGCAUCAAGUGAUGUUGCAGUAGAGCUGCCCUUUACAUUAAUGCAUCCUAAACCAAUAGAAGAAUCCAUUUACAAAGACGUGUCUGAAAAUGAAGCACCCAUUGACACAAACCUGAUUGAGUUUGACACAAAUGAUGAUGACAUCAUUUUUGAAGACUUUGCAAGGCAGCGACUCAUUGGGGCGAAAGAUGAGAAAGAAGAGGAUGAAGAAGGUACAGACUCGCCUAAGCUGACGGAUAGAUAAAUAAAGAUGACAAAUGUUUUACUGUAUCACAUUAUUAGGGAUCCGGUGAGAACCCCCCUGUAGAGACAAAACAAGAGGACUGGGACACCCUUUAACACACUCACUGUGGUGCAGUUCUUGUGCUAAUGUUUACAUACGUCUUCAUCCUGAAAGGGUGUAAAAAGUAUAAGUGUUGAUGAAUAUUACCUCCUUCUGAAAGUACUUAGCAGGUGAGUUAUUAGUUUACUAGCUAACUACAGAGUGCCUACAGUGUUUUAAAGGUAAGGUAUAGCAUUUCAUCAUGUUUAAAAUGACCUUUAAUGGUAGCAUGCCUAUGUUGUUAGUUUGGUUUACAUGUUCUUUAACAUUAAAAAACAAAUUUUUAGAGACUAUAUCUUUGUAUUUAAAGAUUUUUAAAUUAUAUAAGUACUGAACACUGUGUAAAAAUAUAUAUUCUUUUUAUUAACAUAACCACUGUCAAACUUUCAUCUAGUGAUUAAGCGUUCUGCAUUUAUUAUUGAACAGAAGCAUUGGAGAUUAAUAUUAAUUUAACAGACAACAUUCGACCACAAAAAUCCCAUACUGAUUCCAUAUUAUGAUUUUUAAUUAAUUCUAUAAUUAUAAGAAAUAUUUUGCCCAUCAAAAGUGUUGUAUUGUAAAAAAAAGUUUUUGCAGUUCUUGUUAGAAUAGCAGCACUAUACUAUUAUACUUCUGUUUUGUUUUAAAAGUACAAUAAAAUACUGUUU